AUGAAGGUACUCAUCGAGUCAUGUCAAAAUGAGAACAAGCGGCUGACCAGCGCCAAUUACACAGUGGUCAAGAAAGCCAUACGCGACCCUCUUCUGUGCACAAAGUUAACCUUCAUGCUUAGUGUCGCGGAAGAACUGGAGCCGUUCCUGGUCCAGUUCCAGAGUGGGUUUCGAGGGGGCAGCCGGUCCUCUAGCCGAGCAGCAGUUCCACAGAAUGUGCGACGAUUUCACUGCACUUUUUGCAACUACUCCACCAUUUACAAGCAGACACUACAGCGUCACCACCGCACACACACGGGCGAGCGACCGUUUGAGUGCGAGUUCUGCCUUAAGACCUUUGCCCAGAAGUGCAACAUGAAAGCACACCAACGGCUCCACACUGGUGCCUGUCCCUACCGGUGCCAGUUUUGCCAGCUGGGAUUCAGUCGACGUGAGCUCCUCACCGAGCACCUGCAGCAGGAGCAUGAAAUGCAGCUGGCCUUUAAGUGUGGCUACUGCUCGGGGGGCUUCCUGACUCGGCACGAGCUGUGGAGACAUCUGCGCUCCUGUUCCCCUUGGGGGGCACCAGAUGCCAUUGUGGUACCUGUGACGCCACAGCCGUCACCAACCUGA